AUGGCAAACGAGAAGGACGCUGCCGCUACUAGCGGUUCACGCAAGCCAUUGCCCACAUCGCCUCGUCGCGGUAGUCAGCCUGUUCAGCCUGGUUCCUCGAAUGCCAUGGAAGGCAUCAUCCAUGAGCACAAUGGUGUUGAGCAGCAUCCAGAAGAGGUUCCACCCCAGUUGGCCCAGAUUCCGCCUGAGCUUCUGCAAUUGCUGUCGCCUGCGAAACAGUCUUUGGUACAGAGUUGUCGAGCAGCCAUUCAGGAGUUGAUCAACCUGACAACUGGUAUGAUCAAUAUGCCCCGUGAUCACCGCUCGAUACAGAUGCUGGUUGCGAAGCGAAGCUUUUAUGCACAACAGUGGGAUAGAACUCUACAUACGCUUCACCAACAUGCAACCGUCAUUCGCCAGGGUGGACAGCCUUACCCAAUGUUUGCCAUGGACGGUGUUAUUGGUCAAGCUCUGGAUCUCAUCUUUCCAAACUUCGUUGCAGCUCGUGACAACAAUCAGCAUGCACACGGACCUCCACAUAUGCAAGCAUACCAGCCACAUACUCAGAAUGGUCCCCCGGCGCCAGUCAUCACCAUGGACAAGAAUUCUCAGGGCACUGGAGGCGGGCACACGGGAGGGUUGGCCGCAGUCAUUGAGCGUCAGUCCAACUUGAUGUUUCAGUUCAUCAACAACAGCGACCAUGUGCUGUCGUCACAGGCCAAUCAAUUGUUCAGUUUCCUCACAAGUCAGCAGAAUGCACGAUUCAAGGACUCUCUAGACCUGCAGGCUGCUCAUAUCAGGCAUGUUGCCGCCAGGGAGAAAGAGGCGGCUGAGCUCGUCGAGUUGUUCAAGAAAGAGCGAGAUCUGUUUAAGGACAAGGAGGACUAA